CACUCCCCUCCCAGAGCUGGGGAGAGAACCCAGGCGUCCUGGCUGCCCCCCCUGCAGGUGGACAUGAUCACGCUGGCGAAGCAGAUCAUUGAGGCGACGCCCGAGCGCAUAAAGCAGGAGGGUUUCAGCUCCGUGGCCGAGGUGCCGCUGCGGGAGCGAAGUGGGAACAUGGGACUGAGCGAGACCAUGUCCUGGCUGGCCAGCUACCUGGAGAACGUGGACCAGCUGCCCAGCGUCUCCCAGCACAGGCCGGUGUCCUCGUCCCGGGUGUGUCUCAGCGCCCUGCAGGCCCCGCUGGGGGAGCUGCCCUUCGAUCGGCUGCCCCCGGCCCCCACAGCCGCCAGCUGGGCCGAGUUCCUCAACGCCUCGGCCAACGGGAAGAUGGAGAGCGAGUUCGCGCUGCUGACGCUGUCCGACCACGAGCAGCGGGAGCUCUACGAGGCCGCCCGCGUCAUCCAGACGGCCUUCCGCAAGUACAAGGGCCGCCGGCUGAAGGAGCAGCAGGAGACGGCGGCGGCUGUGAUCCAGCGAUGUUACCGCAAGUAUAAGCAGCUCACAUGGAUCGCCCUGAAGGUAACAAUUCCCGUGGCGAACAAGCGGGACACACGCUCCAUCGAGGAGGCCAUGAAUGAAAUCCGGGCGAAGAAGCGGUUGCGGCAGAGCGAAGACGAGGGGCCAGGCGGGGCCGGGACCUCCUAG